AGAGACAGUGAUUGGAGAAUGAAAGAGCAGGAAUGGUAUUUAUUUGCACAGUUCAUUACAGGACUCAGAGCAGCUGGAUAGAAGUGGCAGAGCUUCCUAAGUCAGAGAGAAACUUCCAAAGCGAGGCUCCCAGAGGAAAAUGGGCACCAAAGGCAAAGUUAUUAAAUGUAAAGCCGCUGUAGCCUGGGAAGCAGGCAAGCCCCUUUGCAUCGAAGAGGUUGAGGUCGCUCCCCCCAAGGCUCAUGAAGUUCGCGUUCAGAUCAUUGCCACUGCUGUGUGCCACAGUGACCACCAUCCCAUUGACCCGAAAGCUGAGGAGACGUUCUUACCAGUGAUCCUUGGCCACGAGGGUGCCGGGAUUGUGGAAAGUGUUGGGCCAGGAGUGACCGGCUUCAAACCAGGUGACAAAGUAAUUCCACUCUACACGCCUCAAUGUAAAAAAUGCAAGCUGUGUCUGAGUCCACUCACAAAUUUGUGUGAAAAAAUCACUCUAGCCAAAGGUCCUGCUUUUCGUCAAGAACUAAUGGAAGACAAUACCUCCAGGUUUACCUGCAAAGGAAAACCCAUUUACCAUUUCUUUGGGAUCAGUACCUUCUCUCAGUACACCGUAGUGUCAGAUAAAAAUCUUGCCAAAAUUGAUGACGAUGCAAAUUUAGAGAGAGUUUGUCUGCUUGGAUGUGGGUUUUCAACUGGCUAUGGAGCUGCACUCAACACUGCCAAGGUAAAAUGGUCAGUCACCAGGUUGUGUCAAAUAGAAGUUACUAGGAGGCAGCGUGAUAAACCAGAGAGAGGUAUCUUCAAACCCUGGCUCUGUGGUUUAUUACCUCUCAUUGUACAUAUCCGUGCUGGAAUUCGUGUUCUACUUUUCUACUUACUCAGUGUUUUUUCUUUGACCUUCCAGAGAGCAGCCCUGGACUGUGUAAGAGUAGGUUGGGGAUCAUGUACUCUCAUUGGAGUAGCCAUGGGUGACAAAGGAUUGACUAUUUCUCCACUGGAGCUAAUAAUGGGCCGGACUAUAAACGGAUCAUCGUUUGGCGGUUGGAAAAGUGUCGAUUCUGUUCCAAAGCUGGUCGCUGACUACAAGAAUAAGAAAUUCGAUCUGGAUGCAUUGGUGACCCACACGCUGCCUUUUGACAAAAUCAAUGAGGCAUUUGACCUCUUGCACCAAGGAAAAAGGUAAAGUAUCAAACAGACAGUUCAGUGGUUUGAAAAACCUUUAUGAUGAUUCUAUUUUUACUUGCUGUUAAGAACUGACCAGUUGGUCUUUCUGACGCUUUCCACAUCAUCAGAGGUGCUUCAAAGAUUAAAUAAUAGCCAUUUGAAAAAAGGGAAAGCUUCCUACUCUAUUACCACAAUGGACACUGCCAUAUACUUUCCCAGUAUAGAGUGGUGGUAUAAACUGACACAUAUUUUCCCUUUAACAAACAAUUGUUAACUCAAUUGGCGCUGCUCCCUAGAAAGAGAGGUUUCUGUGGUAUAAUGUCAGGUCCCUGUGGUGCAAUGCAGCCCUGGGUCUGAAAUCAUUACGUUCUGCAGUUGACACAGAGUGCCCACUCCUGGCCCUUCAUGAUCAGAACCAGCUGAAAACCAUGGAGAUGUGCGCAGGAGUG